AUGCUCCCGCCGCCCCCGCGCCAGCCACCGCCCCAGGCGCGAGCGGCCCGCGGCGCGGUGAGCCUGCAGCGGCCCUUCCUGCGCAGCCCGCUGGGCGUGUUACGGCUGCUGCAGCUGCUGGCUGGCGCCGCCUUCUGGAUCACCAUCGCCACCAGCAGGUACCAGGGCCCCGUGCACUUCGCGCUCUUCGUGUCGGUGCUCUUCUGGCUGUUGACCCUGGGCCUCUACUUCCUCACGCUCCUGGGCAAGCACGAGCUGGUGCCGGUGCUGGGAGCACACUGGCUCGUGGUCAACGUGGCGCACGACCUGCUGGCGGCCGCGCUCUACGGCGCCGCGAUGGGCAUCAUGAUCCACCAAACGCAGCGCCACAGCUACUGCAACCUCAAAGAUUACCCACUAACAUGCGCCUACCACGCCUUCCUGGCGGCCGCCGUCUGCGGCGGCCUCUGUCUGGGCCUCUACCUGCUCUCGGCGCUCUACGGCUGCUGCCGCCGCAGCCAAGGCGAGCAGGAGGUAGUGUGA